AUGGCUACAUCGUCGCAGGCUCCGGCACAGUCCGAGCCGCCUCCUCUUAGAGAGCGGCCGUGGCUGCUGCCAUAUAACCGCAAGCUCAGGCACCUCCAAGGCAUCACCAUCCGCAACCUCACGCUUACCUCGAGCCCCUUGCGAUCGCGCGGAAAAACAAUUGACGACGACGCGCUUCCGAGCACACUAAAGUCGCCCACCAAGGCGCUGGCGUUGCGGGAGAGUAAAGGUCUGGCGCAUUCGCGAUCUUCGAGCGACCUGAAGUUGCCCAAUGGCGCACUACACGAGCCGACCACCCCCACCAAGUCUCCAAGGCCUGCUUUUGGGAGAGGGCUGCGGAGAAGAUCCACGUUGGAGUGGACUAACGCGAGCCCGUUGACACGCCAGAAGAAGCUCGAAGACAUUGCCGCGGAUCGCAUGGCCGACACCUUCUUCACCCUGCAUGUAGAGCAGCACGACGAGCCAGUGUACAUCUCGGAGAUCGCCGAGAAAGCCAUGAACCCAAACUUCCGAUUCUUUGAUCUCGCAUCUUGUGGGCCGGGCGUCACGCGCCUCGACAGACUCACCGUAAGGAUAUGGGCGAAGACUGAGAGCAUGGACAAAUGGCAAUACCUCAUGGACUACACCACCUCCCAUCGCAAGAGCGAGUACGCCAUGAAGUCCUUGCGCCACCCAAACAAAGCUCGGGAGGCCCAAGUACUCACUUCGUCUUCAUACGACGCUUUGAUGCGUCUUUCAACCCUGGACGACUGCAUCCAGGAUGCAUUGGUGACACGCGACCGCAUUGCAGACGAAAUCGGGACCAUAUUGGAAGCAAACAAGGAGUCCAUGUCGGCAAUUGCCCAGGUGCCCGAGACCGAGGAAACUCUGCGCACCAUGGAGGCUGCUGUGAACGCGGAGAAGCGCCGGGUGAAUGCCACGCGGAGGAGGCGCGACGAGCUUCAGGCCAACUUGCAGCAGCGCAGAGAGAAGAUGCAAGCUGGGCGAGAUCUGCAAAACCAGGUUGAAGCCGAUCUCCCUGAACAGCAGGCGAAGUGCAAGGAGAUGCGCGAGCUGAUUGAGAAGACACAAGAAGAAAUCACAGGCCAGCGCAGGAGAGUGUGCGAAGAUCUUCUGCGGCUCUACCCCAUCGAGCCCGCGCCUGGCAAGUCUUUCGCAUUCACGAUUCGAGGGCUUCUCCUUCCAAACUCCGCGUUCGACGAUGUCAGGGAGGAUGUCACGGCGGCAGCUCUGAGCUACGUGGCGCAGGUGGUGAGCCAGCUCUCACCAUAUCUGUCCGUCAUCCUACCCUACCCGAUCACCCUACAUGGAUCGACCUCGACCAUCGACGACCCACUUGCAGUGAGUCAGAGCAACCAGAACAAUCUGCGCACUUAUCCUCUAUACAUGAAGGGGGUGGUGCGAUACCGAUUCGAGUACGGAGUGUUCCUACUCAACAAGAACAUCGAGAUUCUAUCCAAUGCGCUCGGAUUGCGGCCAAUCGAUAUUCGUCAGACAUUGCCGAAUCUGAAGUACCUGCUCUACGUUGCGACAGCCGGAAAGGGCGAGCUUCCGGCCCGGAAGGCUGGAGGAAUAAAGGGGCUGCUGCGACAAGACGGCAUGUCUUCAAGAAAGGGCAGUAUGGAUAGUAUAGGUACUACAAGCAGUGCCGGUACCCCGAUUGCCGAGUUCAAGAGGAACCUGGAUGGGGCUGGUAUGAGAAAGGGUGUGCAGCCAAAAUCCAAUGGCGCGCCUGUGGCUGCCGUUGGGAGCUUGAAGCACAAUGCCAGCAUACACACAGGCAGUAGAUUGAGACCGGUAGAUUGA